AUGUUGGUAUCGACAGCUCGCUUGGUACCGCGGUUCAAAAGCGCCGUGAGGUUCGUCCGCGCCGUCUCAACACUGCCGACGAACCCGCAUAUCAAAGUCUUCCCAGCAGAUGCCUCGAGGGCCUCCUUCCUCCUCAGCUUUCUCGAUAGCCAGCCUCCGAACCCCAGGUUAGCCAUCGGCUUUGCGACCCAAGAUCCCCCAACGCCGCAAUCCUUCACGGAGAACCAAUCUUUCCUCAACAUAAUGUACGAAGUUCUCGCCGAACAUGCACCGCAGGACGAGGAGCUUCUUGCUCAGGCCCGUGCCUUUGCAGGGCCUGGUGGUGGCAGCCUUGGGGCUGGUGGCAUAUUCGGUGCCCAGCAGCAGCAUAGGAGAGGCAACAGGAAGCCGAGCGAGACGGCAGGUGCCGGCGGUGCGAGUGGACAAGGAGGAGCAGGCGGUGGUGGACGGGGUGGGUAUAUUCACCUCAGCGACUCGAGGAACCCGCCCGAUUUUGGACGCAUUGCCUGGCCUGAGGACAUCAUUGGCAGCCUAGAGGUUGAUCCCGAGGGCAACAUCAUUGGAAAUCUUCAGUCGAGUGGAACGUAUCGCAUGCUGACGAACGAGGGAGCUCUUGGCUUGAGUUCCUUUCUCCGCGGGAAGCUGCUCGAACGCUUGAGGGCCGAGGAGAACAAGGAUAGAAAUACCUGA